UGCCCUGUCACAUGCACCCAGGUCACACUGAAUAAAAGACCUGCUCUGCUCCUCUAAAUAGAAGCAGACCCUUGUCAGGGGCGGGGCAGGGGAUGUGAGGGAGGGGAGUUGGCUGCCUCCGAGAGCCUCUUUAAGGAAGGCCGCAUCUGGAGCCAGGCAGAGGCAAGUGUGCCUAAGUCUGCACAGCACAGUUCAGCACAAGGAAGAAAGGUCCUGUGUCUUACAGUAUGCCUGGAUAUCAGACUGGACACUCUUCUGAGCCUGGAACUUGUGUCUGCUUAAAACACAGAAUGGCAUUUAAUGAUUGCUUUAGUUUGAGCUAUCCUGGCAAUCCUCAGCCAGGGGAUUUGAUUGAAGUGUUUCGUCCUUGUUAUCAACAUUGGGCACUGUACUUGGGUGAUGGGUAUGUUAUCAACAUAGCACCUCUAGAGGAUGGCAUUUCCCCCUCGUUUACAAGUGCCAAGUCUGUAUUCAGCAGAAAGGCCCUGGUGAAGAUGCAGCUUUUGAAGGAUGUUGUUGGAAAAGACACAUACAGAAUAAACAAUAAAUAUGAUGAUACAUACCCCCCUCUCCCUGUUGAAGAAGUUAUCCAACGGUCAGAGUUUGUUAUUGGGCAAGAGGUGGAAUAUGACAUACUUGUCAACAACUGUGAGCAUUUUGUGACUUUGCUUCGAUACGGAGAAGGAGUUUCAGAGCAGGUUGUUGCCCUUGGAAGAGGAACCACUUUUCCCUCACUUCUCUACAAAUUUAUUUUUCUUUGGUGAAGAUGCUCUAUAAGUCUGAAUUCUAAGCAACAUCUUUGAGUUACUUCUUCCCUGAAUUUCUACCAUGAGUGUAUGAGACGUGCAUGUUAAUCAACCGCUGUUCAUUUCCCUCUUGUUAAUUUGUCUUUUAUUACAGAGCCUCAGCUGAGAACUUAAGAUGGGUAAAGAAAAGAAUUUUCCUCUCCUCGGAUAGUUAACAUUAGAGUUCACUCUGUGUUGUACCUUCUGUGGGUUUUGACAAAUAUAUAAUACAUGUAUCCAUCAUUACAAUAUCAUACAGGAUAGUUUCCCAGGCCUGAAAAUCUCUAUACUCUGCCUGUCAUUCAUUCCUGCCUCUCCAUAAACUUCUGAUAAUCACUAAUAUUUUUUUUUUUACUGCCGUAUGUUUUAUCUUUCCCAGAAUGUCAUAUAGUUGAAAUCAUACAAAGCAAAAUGCACUUAAAAUUCCUCCAUGUCUUUUCAUUAGAUGGUUUGAUUGCUCAUUUCUGUUUAUCACUGAAUAAUAUUCCAUUUUCUGGACGCACUACAGUUUAUUUAUCCACUAACCUACUGAAGGAUAUCUUGAUUGCUUCCAAGUUGUGGUGAUUAUGAAUAAAGUUGCUAGAAACAUUUGUGUGCAGCUUUUUUGUGGAUGUAAAUUUUUGACUCAUUCGGAUAAACACCAAGGAUUAUGAUCGCCAGAUCAUAUGGUAAGAGUAUGUUUAGUUUUGUUAAAAGAAAAAACAACUGCCAAGCUAGCUUCCAAAGUGGCUGUACUAUUUUGAAUUCCCACCAGUAAUGAAUGAGAGUUCCUGUUGCUCCACAUCUUCUUUAGCAUUUGGCAUUGUCAGUGUUUUGGAGGUCAGCCAUUCUCAUAGGUACGUAGUGAUAUCACCAUUGUUUUAAUUUCAUUUCCUUAAAUAUGUAUGAUGUUGACCAUCUUUUCAUAUAUUAUUUGCUAUCUGCGUAUCAUAUUUGGUGAUGUAUCUCAAACUCUUUUGCCCAUUUUUAAUUGGGUUGCUUACUUGUUUUCAUGUUUUUGAGUUUUAAGAGUUCUUAGCAUAUUUUGGAAAACAGUCCAUCAAAUAUGACUUUUGCAAAUGUUUUCUUCCAGCCUGUGGCUUGUCUUUAUUUUUAUAAAUUCCUAAAAUCAACAUUUCUCACUGUGAGUCUAAACAAGUUACUACAAUACGCCUGUCUUUGUGCACUAUGGCAGCACCCUUGAGUGUGCCUGUGCGAGCUGACACGCAGUUCACCUGACUGUGCUUCAUUGCAGCACUGUAGCCUCAGAGUCUCGGGGGAAGAGAGAUUUCUGAUAACCACUGUAGUUGUCUGUGACCCAGCUUCACUGAUACCUGGACCCAGCUGCUUCUGCUGUAGCUAACAUUUCACUGGGCAUGUAUAGAUCCUCAGAAUCAUGCCUGCCCCCCAUCCCACACACACACCUGAAAGCCCUGUAUAGGACAAAGUGUGCAGGAUAGGAUUUGGUGAUCUGAUAAUUCUAAAUCAGUCACAAAAAGUUCUUGUUCAUGCUGGCUCACCACAGACAUCCUGGGAUUUUUUUAAUCUUGCAGAUCGAUCCUGUUACACAUAACUCUAAGGGACUGUCCAAAUUAUGUGGGAUUUGUCCAUUUAGAAUGCAACUUGAAAUAAAUAAAUGUUUGGAAUUUGGGGACCUGCACACUGGAAGUGGUUUAUUAUAAUUUUAUCUUGCCUGUGCAGUCUCAGGGGAUUUUGAUUUAGGACUGAGUUGUCUGUCCUCUCCCCAGGUCUCUUAGAUGUAGAGAUUUCUCUCACGUGUCCUGUUUCUAGUGGCUGAAAGACAUCCAGUGAGUUGGGACUGCAUCUAGCUGUCCCCCUCCCCUCCAGGAUCCUGCAGGUUUUCCCAGGGCUGUCCCCUGCUGCCAUUUGACACCUCUGUUUACAGACACCAAUUACACCUUCCAGUUUUUUCACUGCCUGCCACUCUUCCUGUGUCAGACUCUUUGGGAUCUCAGCAUCUGCCUGGAAUUGCAUAAGGUUUGGGCUUGGUUUGCAAUCCUUGAUCCCUGUCUGAUUAUUGAUUCUGCCCCUUUUUGGAAUUCUGCCAGGUAUCUUGUAUCUCCCACCCCAUUUUUGCUCCCUAUGUCCUUUGUGGGUAGUUCUCUGCUACAGUGAAUUCUGCUUGGAAACAAUUUAGGUAGCAACUAAUUAAGAAUUACAAAUAAAAGAAAUAGCCAACCAACCAAAUACAUAAAAUUAAGAGUUGUAAACUAAAAUAGGAUUUUUCCAUUGUUUGCCAAUGUCAUUCUCCCUGGCAACUGGGGAUGGUGGCAGAGCAGAGAGUUACAAUUAUAGGCCAUGUCCCUACAGACCACAGGGUGGUGUAAUGAAGUGAAUACUCUUUGUGCUGCUUUCCUGGCCAGAGCCCUUGCUGCCUGUUCCCCACAGGGAAGCCUCAGUUAGGGAGGGACAUUAUGUUGCAUAGGGGGGUGGCAGGCUCAGUGGUGGAGGGCUAUGGGUUAGAGGGCAUGCUCCAGUGUUAGCUGGGUCAGGUUUUUCAGCAUUUGGGCUGGUCCCCAGAGUUGUUUAGGAAAAAUGUUUAGCUUUAUUUGAAAGCCUGACUCUUAACUCUUAGAAAACAACUCUUGUUUUCCCAAAUAUCUGAUGACACUGAAGUAUCUGAAUGUGACCUUUGGGUCAUAAAAUUGCACUCAAACCCUUGCAGAUGGAAGGUAAUAUUAGUUGAGUGCCAUGCAACCAUGAAUAUUCAUCAGUUCCCUCAUCAUGAUGAUGAUUAAUACCCUUAAAGCUAUAAAUGUCUGAACUCCUUUAUGGACAAUUGAACUUGAAAGUGAUUUAUUUUUGUUUGUCUACAUGAGAAAUUAAUUUUUGCCAUAAUAGUUAACAUUAGUAUUGACUUAUCUUGAAGUUUGUUUAUUGGAAUAUAAAGUGUAUCUACCAAGUAAGAGUGUAUGGUAUUUAGCUCAGAUCACAUUCCUGAAUUAUUUUCCUAACAGCUUUAAGUCAGAGAACACACACACACAUGCACACACACGUCCAUCCAAAUGCUGUCAUCUUUUUAAUAGACUUCUUGAGUGAGUACUCCUGUUUUCUUGUCUACACUCCCUCGACCAAUGCACACACAUACACGCACACACUAUUCACCUUGGUCUAGACCCAGCCAAAUGAGUAUGUGCUUAGGAGGAGAGGGUAUAUAGGGGGAGGACACAUGAUUCAGGACUAAACUAUAUCUAAAUGCCCUGGUGCUACUACCUCCCUUGGGCAAAUGACUUUUAACUUCUCAAAUUGUAUAAAACAGUAAUGCUAUACUGUCCAGGUGUACCAUGAUUAUGAUUAGGAAUUGUGGCAUAAUAAGUUUAUAAACUAUCAGAGGCUAUAAAAAUAGGACUAUAUACCUAUGUGUAUUUAUAUCUUUGUCAUAAUAAUUACAUUUAUUUCAUCUUCGUACAAAAUUUUAAUUUUGCAUUCGCCUUUAAGUUCAUCCAUUGUACAUUAAAAUGAGUCUCUGAUUUAGGAAACAAGCUAAAGCUGAGGUUUAGGACACUAAGAUGCUUUUAGAAUAAGAUGUGUUUUUGAUUCCUUUUUC